AAUCAAACGCAGUGUACACGACGUUAAGCUACCUACAUUCGACUCUGCAAUAAACUUAAAAAGAAUUCGUUUUUCAAUGAGAAUUCCAGGCGGCCCGAAAGUUCAGGGUCGUACACGCCCCGCGCGGCGCGGAACGCGUCGAAGAAUAAAAAGCACGCGAACAGCCGAGACGGAGACGCGAGUUCUUCAUUAAGCAGAAACGAAGGAAACGUUACGUUCCGUUUAAUUUGCAGCGAAUGAAACGACACGAACGGGAACCACGUCGAGCGCGGCGCUGUGAACCGACCAUAGAGUAUUACGUCGCGAGAGGAAGCUCCGUUCCUUCGACGAAACUGUUUGCCAUGAAACGAUCGAACCACGGUUAAAUCGUCGAGCCAUUUGAUUGGUGUACAAGUGUCUUCCAUUCCGUUCUCUGUUUGGUCCGUGGGCUUCGGGAAUGAGACUGCUUUCGUUCGCCGCGAGAUUGAUUGCGAGGAAACCUCCAGUCGAAGUUACUCCGCGUUUCGCUUCAUCCAUGGCUGACUCGCUGAAAACCCACGGCGUCGUGCCGGACGUGAUCGACAAGGCUCCGGCGAAGUUGCUGAGCGUCGUUUAUCCGAAUAACAUCACCGUGGACGUCGGCAAAGUCCUGACCCCGACGCAGGUCAAGGAUCCACCCACGGUCACCUGGGACUCCGAAGCGAACGCGUAUUACACUCUGUGCAUGACCGAUCCCGACGCGCCGAGCCGGCAGGAGCCGAAAUUCCGGGAGUGGCAUCACUGGUUGGUGGGGAACAUUCUCGGCGCGGACGUUUCCAAAGGAGAGGUCCUCUCCGAGUACGUCGGCUCCGGCCCGCCAGAGGGUACAGGGCUCCAUCGUUACGUGUUCCUGCUGUACAAGCAGCCCGGCAAGCUGACGUUCGACGAGAAACGCCUGACCAAUCGAAGCGGGGACGGCCGGCCAAUGUUCUCGAUAAAAAAGUUCGCUGCGAAGUACAAGCUCGGCGAUCCCAUUGCGGGGAACAUGUACCAGGCGGAGUACGACGACUACGUUCCCAUCCUUUAUAAACAGCUGGGAGCAUAGAAUCCCUCGAUUUAUUCCACACGUUUUUGCAUAUUGUUCUACCGACACACCUUAUUAAAUGUUAUGUCACUGUAACCGAAACUGCUCUUUUUUUUUUGAUAACGUAGAAGUACGUACUCGAGGACGUAGCUUUAACUCAUUUGCAUCGCGAUAGCGGAGA